AAGGAGAAAGUAAGUCUAAGGGGACAAAGACAGUCUCAUUUUAGAAUACAAAAUAAAAAACGUACAAGCUUGAGUCGCUGGAAAUACUAAAUCUGUUACUCAAACUACUAGGGGGCGAGUCUCGUCGUGUUCUCAAGCGGCCAUGAUGAACGUCUACGGUUGUGUCCCCACCCCUUAUCUCCCCGGCCCCGCCUCCCUGUCCUACUGGGCUCAAGCCGCCGCCCUGGCCGGUCUUCCCGUGUCUGAACUUCCGCCUGCAAGCCUCACCCUGGGCCUCAAAAAGUCACAGUUUCCGGUCAGCCUCAGUGACGUCAUCCAGAAAAGUCGGAGCGGCGGCGGGGGCGGAGGUGGUUCACUCCGGACAGCCGAUGACAUCACCGCCUCGUUCCGUGUGACGUCACAUACACUGGUCACAUCUCGCCCCAGCCCGCCCUCUAGUGGGGAACUGGCGAGCAGGUUGUCCUCCAGCGCCCAAGCGCAGCUGCACUCACAUUUACAACAACAGCAACAGCAGCGACAUCAACAGCAACAAUUACAGAGCCAUCUUCAUCGCAUGAGCCAUCGAACCUAUUCGGGAACCCCGCCCCCAGUAGGUAACGGAUUGGCCCCGCUGCAAGCUCUUUGUGACGCUGAUGUAUCGGCCUUCACCGCCAAGACGGGGGCCGGAAGUGUGGGAGAGGAGAAGCGAGGAGGACUAAAGUUCGGAAUGAGUCGGAUACUCUCGGAAGACUUCGGCAAGACCAAGCCGGAAAAAG